GCUCGGCCAGGAGCGGUGGCGGUGCGCAGGUCUCCCAGAGGUGCCCCCAGAGGGGCCCCCCUCGGGGCUUUGUUGGGGCGCCGAAGCUGCUCAGAAGCAGCACGGCUUUCAUCCUGUUUGGGCCCGAGGGGGAGUUUUAUUUUCGCUUGCAGGCUGCUUUCGAAGAUCUGGGCGCCCUGGCUUGCAAUGGUGCUCUGGGGAGCCAAUCGUCGCGGCCUCUGGAUGGGGAGUGCUGGUAGCUGGCACAGUAAUGCAUAAGCAUUUCUGGUAUUUCGCUUUCAGGCGCUGAGUUUUGGGAGGCCGGCAGCAUGGUUCGUGCAGUGCAGAAAAGAGUCAUUUUGGUUCAGGGUGGCCUUGGCAAGUCGUCAGCUCUUUGAGCGGAACAGCUUAGCAAUCGCAGCAAUGGCUUCUUCGCUCACGAUUUUCAUCACCCUGGCAGCAGCUGUCGCUGCCAAGGAAUGCAGUGAGCACUUUGCUGAAGGUAAGGUGCCAGACACAGAGGGCACAUUCUUGUGCAGAAAGAAAGGUAACAACACAUUCUUUGCAACCGUCUACGACACGAAGAUCCGCUGUCCCAAGUUCUCAGCUUACCUACUGAAGCCGGAGGAGCAGAAGCAUGACGCGUAUAAGCGCAAAGGCUUCACCCUCGAUCCAGAUGUACCGGCAGACCAGCAGGCGCACUCUAAGGACAAGGCAUUCGAUUCGACGCAUGACAUCGGCCAUUUAGCUCCCAGCAAUGCCUUCACAUGGGAUCAGUCCGAUGAUGGCGCUUGGGCACACACCUACAUGAUGACAAACGUUGCACCGCAGGGUUCCUACUUUAACGAGCACCCAUGGGCUUUUGUUGAGAAGCACACGCGGGAGUUUUGCAUCAAUCACAACGUUGAGCUCUACGUCGUCACAGGUGUGAUUCAGGCGGAUCGCCCCACCAUGGUUGAAGGCGAUGCCGUCCCAGAGUACUAUUACAAGGCUCUCUGUGAUGUGAAGAGUGGUCAGUCCGUUGCAUUCCUUGGCGAAAACACGGACUGCAAGGAAUGCGGCAUCACUAAGGACGGCAAGUACAUUCUCAAUUUUUCUGAUGUGGAGAAGAAGGCUGGCUACUCCAUCUUCCCGUCAAGCUGCAACCCCACGAAAGUGGAUGAGGCAUUCUGGGACGUCUUUCAUCAGUCCAGCACCCUAGCAACAACUGCCGCUGCCAAGGAAUGCAGUGAGCACUUUGUCGAAGGUAAGGUGCCAGACACAGAGGGCACAUUCUUGUGCAGAAAGAAAGGUAACAAAACAUUCUUUGCAACCGUCUACGACACGAAGAUCCGCUGUCCCAAGUUCUCAGCUUACCUACUGAAGCCGGAGGAGCAGAAGCAUGACGCGUAUAAGCGCAAAGGCUUCACCCUCGAUCCAGAUGUACCGGCAGACCAGCAGGCGCACUCUAAGGACAAGGCAUUCGAUUCGACGCAUGACAUCGGCCAUUUAGCUCCCAGCAAUGCCUUCACAUGGGAUCAGUCCGAUGAUGGCGCUUGGGCACACACCUACAUGAUGACAAACGUUGCACCGCAGGGUUCCUACUUUAACGAGCACCCAUGGGCUUUUGUUGAGAAGCACACGCGGGAGUUUUGCAUCAAUCACAACGUUGAGCUCUACGUCGUCACAGGUGUGAUUCAGGCGGAUCGCCCCACCAUGGUUGAAGGCGAUGCCGUCCCAGAGUACUAUUACAAGGCUCUCUGUGAUGUGAAGAGUGGUCAGUCCGUUGCAUUCCUUGGCGAAAACACGGACUGCAAGGAAUGCGGCAUCACUAAGGACGGCAAGUACAUUCUCAAUUCAGUUUCUGAUGUGGAGAAGAAGGCUGGCUACUCCAUCUUCCCGUCAAGCUGCAACCCCACGAAAGUGGAUGCGGCGUUCUGGGACGUCUUUCAUCAGUCCAGUGCCAUUCUGAUCUGAGGCGUGAUAUAUCUGUUUUAAUGGCUGGGACAGAGAUCGCGAGGGUGAACUCAGGCCUUGUAAACUUGUCAACAUCAGUGAUGUUGCCAAAGGCCGCCUCUCCGCAUGGCAUCAUGCGGAUGUUUUUUUUGUUAACCAGCUUUUCUGCAGCGUGUUGCUGCUUACACUGGUCGACGGCGAGUCAGGCGGGCAACAUUUUGUCACGCUCGUGUUAAUUCAAAGUUAGAUCGAUGCGCACCACGCGUCUUGAAGGAGACUCGUGUGCACUCGACAGUUCCCCAGGAGAGCGAGCGCCAGAUCAGCGAACACAUGCCACACUCAUCCAUCAGCGCCUCCCCCUCCCCCCAAUGUAACUGUUUCCCUCUACCGGAUCCCUCCCGCUGCCGUGCUCAUCACCUCGUGGUGCCGCGCCCGUGCGGUGGGCUGCCGCCGGGUCGGACGUGCGCAGCUGGCAUUGUGCUCGUGCCGUGGCGCGCCGUGCGCUCCGCAGAGAAUCGCUGGGACGCGUCCGGCUUGGAACGCGCUUGUCUAUGCACUGCCGUGCCGCGCGUAUACGCCCUCUGUGCCUCCUGUCUUGGCCCUCCCUGGGGGCCAGCCGGGCCCCCUCUACAAUGGGGGUCUCCGACGAGUCAUCAGGCGUCGACUCGCCCGAGAAGAGAGCCUGCGGCCGUGGGUCGCAAUACUCGCCAUUCCUCGCGCUCUCUCUCUUCCGCCGGACUCUCCCUCACACGAGCCGACAGGAUCCUUGGAUUUCUGGCUUGUUUCGCGCCUUGCUUUCGGAAGCACAUUUCAAGGUGCACGCCAGCUUCACGCAGCCGCCUGUCGCGCCUGGUCGCCAAGACGAGCAAAUAUUCUGGAUUAGGCCGGUUGGGCCUUCCAAUAGAUACGUCGCCUGGAGCGUGGGAUUUUUGUUGCUGUGGUGGCGUUGAAAAACAAAGUAUUUGGCACGCCUCGAGCCGACCUGUGGAAUGUGCAGCGAGUACGAGAGCUAAUGCGAAUUGGACGACUUUCCAAUCUCUGGAGCCCGCUGC